UCGUGCGCGAUACUCCUGCUUGUCCCUCUUUGUCCGGUGGCGAUAGAAGGCCAUGAUAAUUAUGGCAAAAUUUGCGUUUUUGAAUGAAUUAUAGUUGAAUGGUGGAUCAACAAGCAUACACCGUGCGAGGACCGGUUUGCUGGCAAUGACACACCAGAGAGUUUCAAUUUAAAGGACAGCAGAGCAAGCAACGGAGAAAGGUCAUAUUAGCUAAUGGCUGCCGAAUCGGGGAGACUACUGGCGGGACAAGGAAAACGAAGCAAAGCUUCACAGAUGAAGAGCCCAGAAAAGAAGAAGGCGAGGAAAUCCACCAACCAGGCGGCAGGGUUCUCCCACCUCACUGAGUUUGCACCCCCACCUACCCCCAUGGUGGACCACCUGGUUGCCUCCAACCCCUUCGACGAUGACUUCGGCCCCCCAUCCCGACCUAGUGGGACAGGUGGACCAGGUGGUGCUCCAUUUCUACCCAGCCCAGGCGGAGGAGGUGGGUAUGGAGGUGGAGGCAGAAUGAGCGGAGGCAUGGGCUUCAUGGGAGGCCCAGGAGGACCAGGUGGUGGCCAACCUGGACGGAGGCCACCGUUUGGCCCUCCAUCCAACGCUGGACCUCACCACCAGCUCGGCUUUGGAGGAAUGCCUGGCUUUGGAGGUGGUGGUGGGGGUGGCAGUGGGGGAGGAGGAGGAGGAGGGGGAGGAUUCCCCCCUGGUGGCCCUUCUCAGUUCAAUAUGCCACCAAACUUCAGUCCACCCAUGCACCCCGGGCCAGGAUUCAAUCCCAUGUUGUCUCCAGGGGCUAUGGGAGGUCCCGGGGGAGGAGGGCCACCCCACCCUCGGUUUGGCAUGCCUCCACAGCAGCAGCACGGACAGGGUGGACACCCAUUCAGCAGCCCACCGUUACCUGGUGGUGGAGGCCCCAGAGGGCCCCCACACGGCCCCCUGCCUCCCAUGGGAGGAGGCAUGGGUCCUGGGAUGAACAUGAUGGGUGGCAUGGGUGGUGGCCCUGGAGGCAACAUGGUGGGAGGGUUACCAGGUAUGCCCCCUCAAGGACAGUUCCCUCCCUCACAGGAUGGCCCCUACCCUGGCCCCAGUCCGCCAGGGCCAGGCAACGAGGAUGGAAAAAACUUUGGUGGAGGAGGGGCUCCGUCUGGGCCUCAGCAGCAGCAGCAGCAGCAGCAGCAGCAACAGCUUAACCUAAAUCCCAACGGCCCCCCUCCUAAUAAUACCACACCUGGGCCUCCUCCUAACUCUGGCCCACCACAGCCAGGAGGGGGCUUCCCUGGCCACCCUGACGUCCAGCAGACCAACGCCAAUACACCUGGUCAGCCUCCCUCAGCACCGCCACAGCCUAACCCCAACUCUUCUCCUACUGGUCCCCUGAAUGGAUCAGGCCAGCCUCAGCAUCCACCACCCAGUCAGCUACAAGCCCCCAGCAAUGCAAACACCCCCAACUCUAACAACUCUACCCAGCAGCAGCAGCAGCAAUCCACUCCACCUAACUCUGCCCCUGGCUCCACCCCGUACAACCAGCAGAACAACACUCCUGGUGCUGGUGGUCCCAUGCCAAAUGCGGCCCCCAAUUCAGGUCAGAACAGCAUGACCAACAACAACGGAAGCAACACUCCUGGCAGCAACCCCAAUCCCCCCUCUAACUCCACUUCAACCCCAAACACUCAGUCUCCCCUGCCCACUGGCCCUGCUGCCCCGUCGACUGGGCCUGGAAAACUCUGUGGCCCCGGGAUGGUCUUCCCUUGUGGCCUUUGUACGGCAGAGGUGCAUGACGAUCAGGACGCCAUCCUGUGCGAGGCGUCGUGCCAACGCUGGUUCCACCGUGACUGCACAGGCCUGACAGAGCCUGCGUACGGGCUGCUGACUCGAGAGAGCGCUGCUGUUUGGGCCUGUGACUUCUGCAUCAAGACCAAGGACAUCCAAGCUGUGUUUGUGCGCCAGGGAUUAGGCCAGCUGGUGGCAGCUAAUGAGAGUUGAGAAGUGGAUGAGAAAGGAGCAGUGUGGAGGUGCAUCACAUAAGGACAAAUGGAGACAUUCUUUGCUUUGAUCUAAUUGGUGACCUGUGUGUCAUGUCAGCUACUUGUCCAACUUUCUCUUGACUAUCCCUUUACUUGUUCACUACACAGAGAAACACCCUCAUUGACAUUCAUGCUUAUAUAUAGCACUUUGAGUGACUCUUGGUAAAUGAUUUUUCUUUCCCCCCCCCUAAAGGAGUCAGAUCAUGAUGAAUGUUAAACUAUACAGUCCUUCAGACAUCUAGCCUGCCAACCAGCAAAGCACUGACACCAACACACUACCUCACAAACGUUGUGACUGACUGGCAUGGACACUCCCGCACUGACUGUGAUUGACUCGCCACACUCAUGCACCACAUGGGUAUGAUGAUAUUUCAAACACACAAACCCACGUUAGGCGGAGAAAGUAAUGUGGAAAUAUUCCCCUACUGUGUAUUGACACAAUGACUCGAAGCAUCAGCAUUAUUCUCUGAUUUUUGCGGCUUUAAAGUACAACAGACAUAAUAUCAAUUAAAAUUGAAAAAGGUCAUUGAAAGACUGCCUGAAAAUCUUAAAAGGACUUGGUUGGGUUUCAUUAUUGAAUUGAUUGACAGCCUUUUUUUUUUGCCAUCGAAAUGCUUUAUUCUAGCACUGCCCUAUCACAUUGUUGGCCUUUUUACCGCAAGCAAGUGAACGAAGAUGGAAAAUUAUAUCAGUAUAUUGCAGUGUAAAUUCUCUAAAAUCAAGUGUUUUUGUGAAACACAUUAUUGGAAGAAAAAAAAAUUGGUAGUUCCUGCACAUAUGCUUACAUACAGACUUGUACUUCUUGUAUCUGUCGUUUUGUACCCUGUGCUGAUUAAUCCAAAGGAGGCCUCAGCCGAGAUUUCAUCCACACUUCACAUAGAGGAUUUUACCACGAAAUAGUUGUAAAUAUUAGGACAAAACAUUUGUCCAGAACUCCCAUCAGUUGUGAACAUGCCACCAAGUUGACCAAUGAACAAACAAUGAGUUGAACUUAUGUGUUUUUGUUGUAUACAGUAUGACGUUUUGGUUUUUAUACAGUAUAUUUGAGUCAACCAUUUCUGUUUCUCUGCAGUACACAUGGAUUGUGAAAUCAGUGCUUUUGGAUGGUGUUGGCAUAGCAAGUAGUAACAUCAUCAUAUCAGAUGUGCAUUGUCCUUUUUUUUUUUUUUUUUUUUUUUUUUUUUU